GCGGGGAGCGCGCUGGGGGCCGAGCGCGGCCGCCCCCGCCCCGCCGGCGGCAGGUGGCCCCGACCCCCGCCGGCGCCGCACGUCACUUCCUCGCAAACUUUUUCCCGAGCUGCUCCCUCCGCUAAAGUUGCCGGCGGCGGCCGCCCGGGCCGGGGAGGGCGUUGGGGCCGGCCGGGCAUGCCCGGCUCCCUGCGCCCGCCGGGGCACGGCCGGGCCCGCCCGCGGCACCGCUAGCUCGGCGGAGCCAUGGCCCGCAGCCUGGACGGCAUCGACCUGGCGGCGCUGCGGGACCCUGCAGGAAUAUUUGAACUGGUGCAGGUUGUUGGAAAUGGCACGUAUGGACAAGUCUACAAGGGUCGCCAUGUUAAGACUGGGCAGCUGGCAGCAAUCAAAGUGAUGAAUGUUACUGAGAAUGAAGAGGAGGAAAUCAAGCUGGAGAUAAACAUGCUAAAGAAGUACUCCCAUCACCGGAAUAUUGCUACAUAUUAUGGGGCUUUUGUAAAGAAAAGUCCUGCAGGCCAAGAUGAUCAGCUCUGGCUGGUGAUGGAGUACUGCGGGGCAGGCUCUGUCACCGACUUGGUGAAGAAGACAAAAGGGAACUGUUUCAAGGAAGACUGGAUUGCUUACAUCUGCAGAGAGGUUCUCAGGGGAUUGGCACAUCUUCAUGCUCACCAUGUCAUCCAUCGAGAUAUUAAAGGGCAGAAUGUUCUUCUCACAGAAAAUGCAGAAGUAAAAUUGGUGGACUUUGGUGUAAGUGCUCAGCUGGACAGGACCAUUGGGAGAAGAAACACAUUUAUUGGCACCCCAUAUUGGAUGGCACCUGAGGUCAUUGCUUGUGAGGAGAACCCAGACUCUACAUAUGAUUACAGAAGUGACCUGUGGUCCCUGGGAAUCACUGCUAUUGAAAUGGCUGAAGGAGCUCCUCCCCUGUGUGACAUGCAUCCCAUGAGAGCACUCUUCCUCAUCCCAAGGAACCCACCCCCAAAGUUGAAAUCCAGAAAAUGGUCAAAGAAGUUCCUAAAUUUUGUUGAGAGCUGCCUUGUAAAGCAUUAUUUGCACCGUCCAUCCACGGAGACCCUGCUGAAGCAUUCCUUCAUCCGCGACAUGCAGAACGAGCGGCAAGUGCGCAUCAUGCUGAAGGACCACCUGGACAGGACAAGGAAGAAAAAAGGGGAAAAGGAAGAAACGGACUAUGAUUACAGUGGAAGUGAGGAGGAAGAUGAUGAGCUGAAUGAAGAUGAAGGAGAACCAAGCUCCAUAGUUAACCUCCCGGGGGAGUCAACUCUCCGCCGUGAGUUUCUGAGGCUGCAGCAGGAGAACAAAAACCGUUCAGACCCUCAUCGGCAGCAGCAGCAGCUGAAGGACCAGGAGAAGUACAAGAAGCAGCUGCUGGCAGAGCGGCAGAAGCGCAUCGAGCAGCAGAAGGAGCAGAGGAGGAGGCUGGAGGAUCACCAGAGGCGAGAGCAGGAGCUACGAAAGCAGCAGGAGUGUGAGCAGAGGUGGCCAGAGGUGAAAGUGAGUCAGAGGAAAGAGGAAGGGGGCAAAGAAGACAAAAGAGCUGUGGAAGAUGAAUACUUCAUAGUAGAUGGACAGAGGAAAUUAGAAAAGAAGCAGAAGAUGGAAGAUGUGCAGCACAACAGGAAGAUGCACAGAACCCUCCCCAAAGAUCAGACACAGCUGCUGUCUCUCCAGCAUGACCACAAGCAGAAGAAGAAGGAGCCUUCCAAGAGUUCAAAUGCAGGAGUGCAUCCUCCAUCAAGCAGCACAAGCAAAGAGGCCGAGGAGCGAGCAAAGAAGAGUGACAGCAUGCAGCCCUCCCUGUGGCCAGCGGCGCUGGGACAUGAGGCCACCGCGCAGCCCAGGAUGGGAUCCGGGAGCAGCUCCAGCCCCUGCACCCCUGCACCACAGAGAGCCCUGCUAGUGCAGUGUGAGAAUUUCCGGCCUAGUAAGGACGUGUGCCACAGUAGCUCCCUGUCAGACAUGGUGACAGCUCCGCUCAGCCCUGGGCUGGACGACGUGUUCUGGAGCACGAGCCACAGCAAAGAGCAGCCCCCAAAGGUUCCAGAAAGGACAACUUCGAAAUUUUACAGCAGGGAUCAGCCUGGCCAUCAGAGAUGCCUUUCAAGUAACACUCAUCAGUCAUCUCCUGGGGGACAUGCUCUGAAGCUGAACAGUAGCAGCAGCACUCCUGGCACCAAGCAGUGGGAGAUGGGAUCUCAUCAGAGCAGCUGGUCAACCUCAGGGAAUCCAGGACUGGCCAAGGCAGAGAAUGUUUUGUCCCAGAACCACGUGCAGUUGCAUCAGAAGCCUGAAAAAGUUUCUCAUCCAAGCCAGAUUGCAAGUCCAGGCUCCUUUGCCAAGGUGAAGGACAGUGCCAACUCCUUGUUAAAAGCAGCAGAUUAUUCCUCCUCAAGUGAUGAAGGCAGCAGCAGCAGCAGCAGUGAUGAAGAUGACACAAACCACACAAGGCAACUGCUAAGCGGCAGAAUUGCAGAUUUCUCAAGGACGAGGGUACCAGAUGGAAUUGAACUGAAACCCCAGAGCACUGUGGCAGAACAGAAGGAUCAGAUUUUGGGGAAACAAAUUCCAAACACUCAAGAAGGCCUUUGGAGUAUAAACAACCAGAACUAUCUCCUGCCAGAUCUCCUCCAGCAAAGCCAAAUUACAGACUCCUCUGUGAACCCGCCACAAGUGCCACUGUCUUGCCAGGAACCUCAGAACAAACCUCUGACUAAGAGCCCAUGUGCUGAAAGCCCACCUGCCAAGAGCAGCACAUCCUCCACAACAUCCUUCACAACAUUCAUAGAUCCGAGACUGCUGCCAAUCACCCCUCCCACCAGUCCAGUAGGACCUUCCUGUAGUUCUCCAUCUAGUGCCAAACCUGAGCCUGUCAGGAGGGAAAACGCAAGGAAGGGCUCCGUUGUCAAUGUCAAUCCAACCAAUAUCCGCCCACAAAGUGACAGCCCAGAAAUCCGUAAAUACAAGAAGAAAUUCAACUCCGAGGUCCUGUGUGCUGCUCUGUGGGGGGUAAAUUUAUUGGUGGGAACUGAGAAUGGAUUGUGGCUGCUGGACAGAAGUGGGCAAGGAAGAGUUUAUACGCUGAUCACAAGGAGACGGUUCCAGCAAAUGGAUGUUCUGGAAGGACUCAAUGUGCUAAUUACUAUAUCAGGGAAGAAGAAUAAGUUGAGGGUGUAUUACUUGUCAUGGUUGAGAAAUAAAAUUCUGCGCAAUGAUCCAGAGGUGGAGAAGCGGCAAGGCUGGGUGUCCGUGGGGGACCUGGAAGGCUGUGUGCACUACAAAGUCGUAAAAUAUGAGAGAAUCAAAUUCCUUGUAAUCGCUUUGAAAAACUCUGUGGAGGUUUAUGCUUGGGCUCCAAAGCCUUAUCACAAAUUCAUGGCUUUUAAGUCCUUUACCUCACUUCAUCACAAACCACUAUCAGUUGACCUGACUGUUGAAAAUGGGCAAAGACUAAAGGUCAUAUAUGGCUCAGUAGUGGGAUUUCAUGCCAUUGAUGUGGACUCUGGAUCUGUGUAUGACUUGUACCUUCCAACACACAUCCAGGGGACGAUUCGCCCCCAUGCCAUCAUCAUCCUCCCGAACACCAGUGGCAUGGAGCUCCUGCUCACCUAUGAAGAUGAAGGCAUCUACAUUGAUAUAUAUGGGCAUUUCACAAAGGAGACUGUUCUACAGUGGGGAGAAAUGCCAGCAUCUGUAGCUUACCUUCAGUCCAAUCAGGUCAUGGGUUGGGGAGAAAAAGCGAUUGAACUACGCUCUGUGGAAACAGGAAAUCUGGAAGGAGUAUUUAUGCACAAGAAAGCACAGAAGCUGAAAUUUCUAUGUGAAAGAAAUGACAAGGUGUUCUUUGCAUCUGUACAGUCAGGAGGCAGCAGUCAAAUAUACUUUAUGACUCUUGGUCAAAAUGUACUAUUCAACUGGUAAAGCACAUCAAAAUGAAGAAAAUGAAAAAUUCCCUAUAGGUAGCAGUGUAAAAUUCUCAGAGGUAAUGCACACGAAUUUGCACUUCUUACCUGCAAAAAUGUUGUCAUUAUUGACUUAUUAAAAUUCAUAUUCCUUCAGUCUGGAAAGAAUUCCAUUUUCCUGUUGAAGUAUUGCAAACAUGUUUAGUUUGUCUUUCAAAGUAUGUUGCAAACAAAGAUUGUAUUAGGAGACUUUAGUGAAGAAUGUAGCCAAUAUAAGAAGCUCCUGUACUCUGAAAAAUGGACAGUUACACUUUCACAGGUGAUGUAAUGUUGGUAUCUUGAACUGAAGUCACUUUUUAUGGACAGCGACAGCUGUAGGUAGAUACAAAACCACAGCUGGAAUCUAUUUUGAAUUGGGUUUGGGCUCCUUUUGCAGUUUAAGCAAGCUGUUACUGUCACCAAGAUGAACUUGAAUGACUUGUCCAAGCCUUACAACAGGGAAGGAGUAAGGGUUUGUGGUGGGUCCCAGCGCAGAUCAGAAGGCUUGAGGGAUCCUCCUUGGACCUUGAGGGAUCAUCCUCUGUGCUGGGUGGACAGGUGUGUUUCGGUAGAGAGUUGUAAAAACAGUUAAUUCUGAACAUGUGCCCUAGCUGGGAGAUUUUUACAAAUGCAGGGGGGGACAGACUUUAUGUUUCUCUCAGGGCUGGAUGCCUGAGCCCACAGACACAGUUACUGUAGGAGGUAUUUGUAAAAACAGUUUAAAUAGUCUGUUAAAAUCAUAGAUGCAUAAAGCAUUAUGAAACAGAGCCUGUAACUUUAAUUCACAGCUGGGACCCACACUCAUAUGAAUUGAUUUAAAGGCACUACCCAUGUAUAUAAAGAAGGGCACAAGAGCAGGCACUUUCUUUUCUUCCUUCUUGCUCUUUCACAUCAAGUCUUUGUGUAUUUGUAUGUAAAUAUAAUCUUUCCACAAUAGAUAUUAAGAUUAACAAAUGUAUUCUUAAUAUAGCUAUGAAAAUAUCCAAAGAGUUAAUCUAUUAUAAAUAGAAAAUAUAAAUAAUUCCAGGUGCUUUCUAUGCUAAUUACACCUAAAUAAAGCUGCGUCUUCUAGUGUUAUUGGUGCCAGUGUUUCUGCAUAAACUCUGUUCUCAGGGGCUUAUAAGUUGGCCAUAAAAGUAUAGAGAUGUAAUAUAUACAUAUAUAUAUAGUGUGUUUGUAUAUACAUAUAUAUAUAUAUAUAUUCAAAUACUAUGAUUCAAUUGUAGGGUUUAAUGUAAUCCUCAUGUAGCUGAUUUUUGGAUGUGCUUUGAAAAUGUAGAGCAUCAAAUGUAAUACAAAAGAGCUCAUUCCAGACAUGAUACAGUAGGGAUAAUGCUGUGGGCAAAAGUGAAAUCACUAGUUCCAGUGCUUGAAAAUAGGUGUUUUUACUUGAUACUGAAAGGUGCAGGAAAAGUGUGUUGGAAUAUCUGUUCGUCUACCUCAAGGAUGAUGAUUCUGUGUUGACUCAGAGGCAGAAAUGGAGUUGCUGGAACUGGCAGCUUGCUGUCAGUCCGUGUGCUGGCAGUGAUGCUGUGGCUGACACGUGCUCAGAACUGCUGUCCCUGGGGAUGUCAGCAGGGAAUCAAACCAGGGGCUAAUCACCCUUCCCCUUGGUCCCUGGGCUGGCACCUCACUGCUGCAGGCAGGUCAGAGGUGCCUGCACUGUUGCUCUUAUGUUUUUGGCUGUAUGGAGGACUGCACUUUCCAAAGUAACUAACCUAGGACUUUUCACAGGCACUAGCUUAUCUCAAAAUGUAUAGUGCUUUUUAAUGAAGAAUUUUCCUUUUAAACGUUUAACUAACAGAAAAAUAAGCCUAAAGCCAUACUAAAAAAAAUACAGUUAAAUACUCAAAGUGGUUCUUAAUCUAAGUGAGUGAUUAGCUUGUGUGCAGACUUGAAACCUGAAUGGAAACUGCUUGAGCAGAGCUGUGUGACAACAGGAGCUCUGUCUGGUUGUAGUAAUGUUCCUGCCUGUUGCUAGGGCCAGGGCUGGGGCAAAUGAGCAAAGCCUGGCUUGGCUCCCUGUGCUGCUGAACACUUGGGCUCGUUGCAUUGGACUCAACAAACAACAGGAAAAAAAAGCUUCCAACAAAACCAAACAAGUCCAAAUCUAUAACAGAAGCAGAGAUCAAAGUUACAAUUACUGUUAAAAAGCAAGUUGCAGACAAUCAAUUUAUAAGCAACUUGCUUUUGACUUAAAAGUCUAAGAGACUGUGAAGGAAGAGCAGCUUUCAUUUUGCACACAGUAGGUUUGCAAAACUGGCAGAGCUGCAUGUGCUGUAAGUAGUCAGUGAAAAGUGUGUUUAUCUCAGCAGCCUCUGCAGUUCAGAGGAUGCAUGGGAUUUUUCCCUCCCCUGUUCUGGUGUCAACAGGUAGGAGGCUGAUAUUUUCCUGAUGCUAGGGACUAGUUAAAAAGAAUUUAGCAGAGAACAGUGGGAAUUUGUAACAACUCAUAUGAACAGAUUAAAGAAGCAAAUGUGAUCAUGCUUAAGUGUACUGUAGCAGAAAAUAACAGCAAUGACAAUAUGCUGACACACUGUGAAGAAGUUUAACUUCAUGCUAAAAGGGAAAAAACCCAAACAACCCCAAGUUCAAGAGAGAGAAUAUGCACAAUUUCAUUGGGAUUAUAUUUCAUUCUGUUUCCCUCUAUAAGCCUCCUUCUUUCUAGCUCCAAUUCAAGGCAGUGAGUUGGAUUUUCAUCUUCUAUUCACUAUAAAAAAAUAUUAAAAACUUUCCAUGUGUAAUUAUGGAAAGCAUGAGGCACCUAGAGGUGAAUGCUUUUGAAGGAUUUAGAAGUGGUAUUGCAAAUAGCAACAGCAACUGAAUGCAACAAGGAGAAACCUGUGGCAUUGUCUCUCUAUCAAGAGAUAGUCAGAAAGGCUGAAGAUGAGAAAGAGCUCAGAGAUGUUGUGAAGAGUAACAGAAGAAAGGGGAAGUGACUGAAGAGGAGAGAAAAGCUGAAGAAAAGAAACACGAGUAGCCAAAGGUAAGGGAGUGGAUGUCUGGCACAGCAUAUUGCUGUAGGAGGAAUACAAAAGGUUAAAAGAUGUUAAGGAAAAGCAAGCAGCCAAAGUAAUGGAAAGGUAUCUGAAGUGACUGGGGGCUACUGAAUGAGGGAGUAUUUUGAAGAACUGUUCAGCUCAAAGCAAAAGUACAAAGGCCAGAAGAAAAAAAAUCUAGUAAACAAAGUUAUCCAGACAUAAUUUUAACUAUGCAAAAUGUGUAUCAAAUUUGUAAUUUCAUUUUGUGAGGUGUUUCACUAGCUGUACCCUUUCACUGACUUCUAAAACCAAGGACUAAACUGCUUAAUGUGUUUUUCUAGUGAUGUCACUUUGACAUGAAAAAAUGCAACAGGGGCAGAAUGUUAAGGAUCCAUGUCAUUAACCCUUUGGUACAUGCAGUCUCCCAAUGACAGGUGGUGCUCAUAAUGUUGCAUUUGCCACACAAGAUUGUGCUAAUGCUGCAGCAAUGUAGAACCGUGUGUAUGUGCCUGCUUUCAUUUUAGGCAUGGUGAACUCUCUUUUGCAGCCUGAAGCUUGGCACAUGACUUUAAAACCUGGGAACCAUGCAAGUUAUGUACUGUACAUUAUGUAUUGUUCUCUAAUGUGGAAAUUGUACAAUUGAAACAGUAAUAAAAAUACUCUGAAAAAUCAA